AUGCUGACCGUGGAUGCACAACAGCGAACGGCCGGACAUCUUGCAGCGCGGGCUGGUCACGUGGAGGUUCUCAAGCUGUUGCAUGCCCAUGGUGUUGACAUGGAGGCACUCGACCGUUUCGGCCGCGCAGCCAUUCAUCUCGCUUGCGAACAUGGCAAGGCACCUGCAAUGAAAUAUCUGCUUGAUUGCGGCGCUCGUCCAGGGAUAGAGGACAACAGCGGCAGGAAUGCCUUGCAUCUCGCGUGCUGCUGCGAGGACCCUUCGGUAGGGCAGGCGCUUGCAAGUCAAUUUCCUCAGCUCGUGUUCCAGUCGGACGCUCACGGGAGGACUCCGUUGUUUUACGCCGCGCUCAAUGCACAUCCGCAUUCUCAGGGCGAGGUGACGAAAGCGCAGGGGACCUGGCAAAGCUGCAGUGUCGCUGCUGUCAUUUGUGGUGAUUUCGUCGCUUGGCAACCUGCUUUCGGGCAAGGCAUCGGCUGUGCACUUAUCGGUUAUUUCGUGGCUGCGCUCUUUUACAUGCUGUUGGUCAGCAGCCUCACAGAAGUGAUGAGUCGGAUGGGUGAUGCGGAAGGUCCCAGGCAGGUCGCAGCUUGCAUUGGGCCCAGGACAUCAUUCCUGGCUGGGCUCAUGGAGUGCUUGAAGUGCACUCUCAUCAUUGCCGACAUCGCUGCUGCGACCGGUGCUCUGAUGGAGGAGCUAACCGGGUCCCCUUCGGAUCUUCAGCCUUUGUGGUGGUUGCUUUUCUGCGCCCUCAUCUUGUUGCUCAACACGAAGCUCAUGUCGAUGUCGGUGCAAACGCUGAUGGCGAUGACCCUGUCAAGCUUGGCUAUUGUGGUCAUAUAUUUCUUGUUUUCGAGCGGACGAACCUUUGACCUUGCGCAAGAAGCGAUGGCAGGAGGAGACAUCUUGAGUGAUGUCUCGUUGCUCGCAUUUUUCAAGUCACUUCCGGCUGGUAUUUGGUGUUUCCUCGGGCUGGAAGAGAUGCUCUGGUUUGGCAAGUUCGCAGUAGAUCUGAGAACAAAUCUGCCACGUGCUCUCAGCUGGGCCUAUGCUACGCUCUUCAUUUUGGCAAUGAUGACGUUGAUCUGUAGUCUGGCGGCUUCCCCAGGUACGCACGUCACCACGCAUCAAAAGUUCCCACUGUUGGUUGCUUACUUCGACGUCUUUGGGGAGAGCCGUUUGACCCGCUACUUCGCAUUGCUUCUGCUCUUCGGCAUCCUGGCCUCGCUGCAUGUCUUCACCUUCGUGGCCGGGCAAAUGGUUACACAAAUGGCAGAAGACUCAUUGCUUCCGGCAUGCUUGGCGCAGCGGGAUGGACAGACAGGAGCUCCAACAUAUUCCUCGGCCGUAGUUGUCGUGGUGGCGCUCCUCUUUUUGGAAGUUGUUUUCCAAGCCCUAGAUCACCAGUACGAAGAGAUCAGAGCUACCUUCACCAGCGGUGCCUCGAUCUGCGCCCUUGGUGGCUACAUGAUUCAGCUGUGCUGUUUCAUCUUGAUCAGAUACAGAAACCAACUUGAGGACUCCAUGUUCCUAUCUCCCUUUGGAAUGCUGGGCGCUGGUACAGCUUUGGUGCUCACGAUUGUCUUCAUGGCCAGCGUGCUGUCGUCACCUUUGUUCCAUCCAGUGAACUUCUGCGGAGUCGCGGUUUCGCUAGCCUUGCUUCUGCUCGCUGGCUGUCUUCAUGAGUCGUACAGACGUCAGCAGAAGCGACGGGCGGCAAGAAGCGGCAGCACGAUCUUGCAGAACAUGGAAACCCGCACACCGCAGCCUGAAGCAAGGGCAUGA